UUGCUGAGCGAAGCCCAGUGGAUGAUCGCAGCAGCGCAAGUCCCGUAAAAAAAAAUCCGCACUCCGUUAUACCGUAGUAUGGCAUCCAGGAGAAUGGAGACCAAACCAGUGAUAACCUGCCUUAAAACGCUCCUCAUUGUCUAUUCCUUCGUGUUUUGGAUCACGGGGGCCAUCCUCCUCGCUGUGGGAGUAUGGGGAAAGCUGAUGCUGGGACCGUACAUCUCCCUCAUCGCCGACAACUCCACCAACGCCCCCUACGUGCUCAUCGGCACCGGCACCACCAUCAUCGUCUUCGGCCUCUUCGGCUGCUUCGCCACCUGCCGCGGCAGCCCUUGGAUGCUGAAGCUGUAUGCCAUGUUCCUGUCCCUGGUCUUCCUGGCAGAACUAGUGGCUGGAAUCUCUGGCUUUGUUUUUCGUCAUGAAAUAAAAGGAACCUUCCUGAGGACAUACAGUGACGCCGUGCAGAACUAUGAUGCCAAGGACGAGAGGAGCCAGGCUGUGGACCACGUGCAACGCAGCCUACGAUGCUGCGGGGUGUUGAACUACACCAGCUGGUUCACCAGUGUCUACUACCCCACCAGCGGCAUCCCGUCCAGCUGUUGCGCCAACCAGUCUGACUGCAGCCCCCAGGACCUGCGUAACGCCACUGCUGCCCCCAGCAAGGUGCAUCAGCAGGGCUGCUACGAGCUGGUGACCUCCUUCAUCGAGACCAACAUGAGCAUCAUCGCUGGGGUGGCGUUCGGCAUCGCCUUCUCACAGGAUGAAGCGACGUCAAACGCCACCUGGAGGCCCCUGAGGGGACGCGCGCCGAAUGCUAAUACACUCCAUCUACAGUUAACUUUCCUUUUAGCCUCUGCCUAUUCUUCCCUUUGUGCCUCUCAUCUUUGUUAAAUUCCUGUGCAUCAUUCCUUAACAUGCGAUUGUGCAAUGAGGACAGGCUUUCCUUUCUGGGCUGAGUUUGCCGAUGCACACUCAGUGCUCCUUCUGCAUUGGCUGUAAGGGCACGACCCCCCCCCCCCCCCCCCCCCCCCAUCGCUGACAGGCAUAGAGAAUGGUACAGUCCACACUUCAUCUGCGAAGCAUUAAGCAUAUUUAUAAUAAAAUUUAAAAAGCGAAUCCAAAAAGUACCAGUCUUUUUCUGUCCAUGAUAUUUUGCUGCCCAAAAUAAAAAUUAUUCUCAUGAUUUAUUGAUAAUUGAAGAUUUAACAAAUAAACCUCCAUUUAAAGUUUUUAGUGAUGACUUGUAAUCCUGGAUGGAAAAUGAGAUUUUUUUCUUAUUGACAUUUUCUGCAUCUGCUUCUGCUGCUAUAAGGACCAUGUUUCAGUAUCCAGUUUAAACCUUAAUAUUGCUUAAAUUGAACUGCUGCAGGUUGUUUCCUUUCGGUGUGUUUAUUGCCUCUCUGAUUUGAACUGUCUUUCUUUCAUUUGCUCCAGUACUUCAGUGUUCUCUCCCCAGUCCCUUCAGAGUGUUUUGUGUGGGUUUUCUAUAUAUAUAUAUAUAUAUAUAUAUAUAUAUAUGUCUUAGAUUAGCCUGAAUCACCUUCCAUUACUGAAUGAUCAGAAUUGUAAGCGGGCAAAAAAUUUGCACCUAAAUUUGUGUCUGUAUUACACACAGAUGCUGUAUUUUACACCACAACACAGUCCAGCUGUACCUGUAGAAGGCCCCUGGCCUGUCAGGUGACUGACUGUAGGGGCAAUCACACAUGGUGAUUGUAGCGAGGAAGGUCCUCUCAUUUCAUAUUUGCUGUUCAUUAUUCUUGAGUAACAGAGAGUGACAGUCAGUGUGAAUACCAAGAUCCCUUAACUACUGGGACUGAUUUGGCAGGGGAGAGAAUUCACCAGAGAUGGCUGUUAUGGCCAUAUUGUAAUAGUUAGCUUUGGAACAUGCUAAGCAAUUGUCAAGCUCUGCACACAAAAGUAAACUUCCAGAGUAGCACAAUUACAUUUCUAGGUCCUAUAAGAUCAGCUUACGGACCCUGCAGAAGUGCUCUUGGAAUCUGACACGUCAUUUAGCAAAUUCCGCACAUUCUUCAGCAGUAUCAGCACAUUCAGAGUCAGCAAUAUAUUUUUUUCAUUUGAUACCCACUCCUGCCCCCCCCCCCGCCCCCCCACAUACACACACAGAAGGCCAAGGAUCUCAGAACCUUUAAGGGAUUGAGGCACUACUGGGGAGAACACCAAAGUCACUGACAAAUUAACUACUGUAACAUAACCGUGCUGUGCGUAGCUCAGGCCGAAAGACGACGAGCAGCCCUUUGAGUCUCUGUGUAUGUGUUUAUUGCCUUGUUUUGGAGUUGUGAUGGCAGCCAAAGCUGCUACAUUUGCGUCGUUGGAUCAAUAUUAGAAUUCAGUCUGGAAAAUACAUUGUAGAUGAUAAUCCACGUAAUCUGCAGUGGGACAAAACAAAUUGGGACUUUGUAUGAAAAAUGACUUUUUAACAAUCAGCACCAGCUAGCAUGCCAAUAAAGUCUGUUGAUAUUGUAAACUAUUGUGAUCUCUGUAAUAAUAAAUGGUUAUUAGAAGUUU